GGCGCAGUGCGGUGUUUGUCUGCCGGACUUGACGGGCGGCCGGGCGGUGUGCGGCGGCGGCGGGGAAGAUGGCGGCGUCCUCCCUGGAGCAGAAGCUGUCCCGCCUGGAAGCGAAGCUGAAGCAGGAGAACCGCGAGGCCCGGCGGAGGAUCGACCUCAACCUGGAUAUCAGCCCCCAGCGGCCCAGGCCCAUUAUUGUGAUCACUCUAAGCCCUGCUCCUGCCCCGUCCCAACGAGCAGCCCUGCAGCUCCCGCUGGCCAACGAUGGGGGCAACCGCUCACCAUCAUCAGAGAGCUCCCCACAGCACCCCACGCCCCCCGUCCGGCCCCGCCACAUGCUGGGGCUUCCGUCCGCCUUGUACACACCCCGCAGCAUGGAGAGCAUUGAGAUUGACCAGAAGCUGCAGGAGAUUAUGAAGCAGACUGGCUACCUGACCAUCGGGGGCCAGCGCUACCAGGCAGAAAUCAACGACCUGGAGAACCUGGGUGAGAUGGGCAGUGGCACGUGCGGCCAGGUGUGGAAGAUGUGUUUCCGAAAGACAGGGCACAUCAUCGCCGUCAAGCAAAUGCGGCGCUCGGGGAACAAGGAGGAGAACAAACGGAUCCUCAUGGACCUGGACGUGGUGCUCAAGAGCCAUGACUGCCCCUACAUAGUGCAGUGCUUCGGGACCUUCAUCACCAACACCGAUGUCUUUAUCGCCAUGGAGCUCAUGGGCACGUGCGCCGAGAAGCUCAAGAAGCGGAUGCAGGGCCCCAUCCCAGAGCGCAUCCUGGGCAAGAUGACGGUGGCGAUUGUGAAGGCGCUCUUCUAUCUGAAGGAGAAGCACGGUGUCAUCCACCGCGACGUCAAGCCCUCCAACAUCCUGCUGGAUGAGCGGGGCCAGAUCAAGCUGUGCGAUUUCGGCAUCAGUGGCCGCCUCGUCGACUCCAAGGCCAAGACACGCAGCGCUGGCUGCGCCGCCUACAUGGCGCCCGAACGCAUCGACCCCCCAGACCCCACCAAGCCGGACUAUGACAUCCGGGCUGACGUGUGGAGUCUCGGCAUCUCGCUGGUGGAGCUGGCCACAGGACAGUUUCCCUACAAGAACUGCAAGACAGACUUUGAGGUCCUCACCAAAGUCCUCCAGGAAGAGCCCCCUCUCCUGCCUGGUCACAUGGGCUUCUCAGGGGACUUUCAGUCCUUCGUCAAAGACUGCCUUACUAAAGAUCACAGGAAGAGACCAAAGUAUAAUAAACUACUUGAACACAGCUUUAUCAAGCACUAUGAGACGCUGGAGGUGGACGUGGCGUCCUGGUUCAAGGACGUCAUGGCAAAGACCGAGUCACCGCGGACUAGCGGAGUCUUGAGCCAGCACCAUCUGCCCUUCUUCAGGUAGCCGCGUGGCAGUG